AUGAGAGAGCUAUUUGCUGUAUUAGUAGCGACAUGUGGUCUUUCAAAUCCUCAACAAUUGUGGGAUAAAUACAAAAAUGAUGUGACGGACGAUAUAUUCUACAGAUUACGAGAGCAAAAUCCCAAUGUCACGUACAGUGAUUUAAUUUACAAUGAGGGUCUGACAAAAAUUGAAGACCAGGUUAAAACAAUUUCUGGAAAGGAUUUAUCAGAUUAUGGAAUGAACAGACCACAGAGAACCGAGGAAAUCAGUAGAAAUUUAAUACGGGAACUAGAUUACGAUACUGCUUCCUUACAACAACAAUUAACAGAGUCUGUUCCAGGUUUGAACCCAGAACAAAGGUUAGUAUUUGACAAUGUUGCCAAAAAAAUCGAAGAUGGCGAAGGUGGUUUGUUAUUUUUGGAUGCUCCUGGAGGCACGGGAAAAACCUUUCUUUUAAACUUGCUUUUAGCCAAAACUUUGCCGGUUAUCACUGAAGGCACCCCUGCAGAUAAAAUAAAUGCGUGUUUAAAAGCGUCAACGUUAUGGGUGCACGUAAAAACGUUUAGUCUGUCUACAAAUAUGAGAGUGCAAUUACACAAUGAUGUACAAUCUGGACAAUAUGCUGCUGAUCUUCUUAAAAUUGGAGAAGAUCGUAUGGCAAAGGAUGGUAAUGGCAUGAUUAUAUUGGAUCGUGAAUUCUGCAAUGUUGUGCAUAAUCCAGAUGAUCUAAAUAAUUUCGUCUAUCGCGAACUGCUAACUAAUAUGAGGAAUAGGGAAUGGUUAUGUGAAAGAGCAAUUUUAGCGCCGACGAAUUACAUGGUGUCACGCGUGGGAGGUGAUAUUGUCGAGUUUUUCUCUGUAGACACUGUAAUGGAUACUGAACAAGUAACAUCAUACCCAGUAAAAUUUCUUAAUCCUUUAGAACUGUCGGGAGUACCUUCACACAAACUGAGGCUGAAGGUAAGCGCUCCUGUCCUUUUGAUGGGGAAUUUAGAUGCACCAAGACUGUGUUAUGCCACACGGUUGCAAGUAACACAUCUCGGUCGCAAUAUGUAA